CCGGCGCGAUGGCGGCCAAGGCGGUCCGGGUGCGGGCCGCGCGCGGCGGGCGCAAGUACGGGCUGGCGGCGGGGAGCCUCCCGGAGCUGCUGCGCAAGGCCUCCCGGCUGGAGGGGCGGGGCGGGGCGCGCUGCCGGCUGGGUCGCUACGAGGACGGCGGCGAGGUCGGCGAGGCCGGCUUCCGCGCCCUGCCCGAGGACGCCGAGCUGAUCGUGCUGCCCGCCGGGGAGGAGUGGCGCGGCUAUGUCAGCGAGAUCGAGCGCUUUCUGAAUACUUUUUCCAGCUCUUCCUCUGGCGUCAUUCGUGCAGCUCAGGGGCUUCUGUCAGGCGAGGCAGCUCCUAAGAGGUGCAGGUUGCUGGCUGACCUGAUUCAGAAUCUCAGUGAAAAUAUUUCUGCAGAAAGCAGAAAGGAAGACGAGAUGUGGUUCAAAGGGGUUGAAUCUCGGUUUAAGACCAAGUCCAGCUAUAUGCGCCAUAGCUGUGAGAGCAGAAUCCGUGGAUACAUGAAGGAGGUUGGGGCCUACGUUUCUGCUGUCCCUCCUGCCCUCCAGAUGAAAUUCAACGGGAUCACAGAAGCAAUGCUGAGGAAACUGAAGUUGGAAAAAUACAAUGGCUUUUAUUUUGACCGUGGGGAGGAGGAGAAGCCCUGCCUUUGCACGCCAGAAGGCUGGUUCUCUUGCCAAGGCCCUUUUGACACAGAAAACUGCUCCUGGAGACACUCCAUCAACCCCUACGGGAACAGAGAAAGCCGGAUCCUCUUCAGCACAUGGAACCUCGAUCACAUGAUUGAGAAGAAACGGGUCAUCCUCCCCACGUUAGCAGAGGCCGUUAAAAACUGUGACGGAAAGGAAAUUGACUGGGAAUAUUUUUACCGGCUCUUGUUCACUGUUGACAAUCUGAAGCUCGUGCACAUCGUCUGCCACAAUAAAACGGUCCACAACCUCAGUUGCGACAAAGCGAAGAUCUACCGUAAACGAAAACGCCUCCGCAAGGUCUGAAGGGGAAGCCUCUUUGCGGCCAGUCCCCAGGGCACCGGGUUCAAAACAGCAGUGGUACUUUCCAAGGAACUGGACAAUGCUGUGGGUUUCCCUGGCAUGGAGAGCUAUUUCCUAGGGCCUGUGCUGUCUCUCCAAUCAAGUCAGAUUUUUACUUCUUGGAAAGCCUGGGGCAGAACUGGAGGCUCGACCCUGCCCACUUCUCAAGGCCCGGGUCCUCUUGCAUUUAACAGGGCGGAGGAUGUUUUGAGAACUUUGGGGGAAAUGCAAAGGUUGAGGCUGGCACAAGGCAAUGGAGCUGAGCUUGGGCAGGCAGCUGCUUGGGGUUAUGGAUUUGGGAGAGGAACCUCAGCUGCUGUCUGCACAUGCAGAGUGUGCCCCAGUUGACAUAAUAUAGAACUUUGCCUGGCCACAGGGCCACUUUCGUUACUUAAACGGUGCAAAGGCUCAUUUUUAUUCCAUUCCAUUUUUAACAACAUUAAUUACGGUGAAUAUUCUUGCAUGCCCGUUGCCCCCUUCCAGUCAUGAAAGGCUGCAAUCUGGUAGACGUUUUUGGAAAUCUGUUGAAACCCCACGCAAGCUGGAAUCUUGCAGAAACUGAUUUGAUUGCAGGGUCUAAUGGAUUGUGUGGACCCAGAAAAGGGGGUUAAUUCAGUAACCAGCAAGUCACAGCCGGUGAUACCAAUUUGCUGUGUUGGGGAAAUCCUACCAGGAUUCAAACAAUAGGUUCCGGUAUCAUUUCAGCUGGGGGAAAAAACGGGCAGGAGGCGUUGGCCCUUCACUUAAUUUCUUUAAAAAGGGGAUGGAGGCCAUCUUGAGUAUUUUGAUAGGGCAUCAAGCCCAGUUCUUGAAGAUGAAGAUCAUCCAUUUUUGGACCUGCUCCUGGAUUUAAUGGCCCGUGCAUUGGGUCUUCCCUCUUUAGCCUGCCAGCUAGAUUAUAUUUUAUAAAUAAAUUUUAUUUUGUAAUUUUGGCAUGACUGAUCCAGCUGCACCAGCUCAGCUCUCAGGGAUUAAAGCAGUUCCUUUCAUUCGUUAUGGCUAUUUGGCUUUAAUAAUAAAGCUUUAUUGUUAUGGUGGUAUCAGGAAGCUAAAUGAUGUGAAAUCUUGUAGCUAAUAAAAACGUGAAUGCUGAUAG